AUGGUUGAUCACUUGUUGAAAAACGUUAAAUACUAUCCAACAUCAACAAAGGUUAGCAAGAGUCUCGUGGAUGCAGCCGUGCAAGCGAAGGAUGCAACAUGGAAGUUGUCCUUUUCGUUGAUCACUCUCUUUUUCACGGUAAAGAUCAGCUACGCUUCUUCAAGCCGCCUUCUCAGCAACAAAAACCAGUACAAAUCCUUCAUGAGGACCAUCCCGACAGAUGAGUACCAGGCCACUGCCAUGGCUGACAUAAUCGAUUUCUUCCAGUGGAACUGGGUCAUAGCAGUUGCCUCAGAUGAUGACUAUGGACGACCAGGUAUUGAAAAAUUUGAGAAAGAGGUGGAAGAACGAGACAUUUGCAUUCACCUGAAUGAGUUAAUUUCACAGUACUUUGAGGAGGAGCGCAUACAAGCACUUGUGGACCGCAUUGAGAACUCUUCCGCCAAAGUUAUUGCGGUUUUCGCUAGUGGACCAGACAUGGAGCCACUCAUCAAAGAGAUUGUCAAACGCAACAUUACUGACCGUAUAUGGCUAGCCAGUGAAGCUUGGGCUAGUUCUUCUUUAAUUGCAAGACCCGAGUUUUUCCAUGUUGUGGGCGGCACUAUUGGCUUUGCACUCAGAGCAGGUACGAUACCAGGUUUCAAGAACUUCCUGCAACAAGUGCAACCAAAGAAGUCAUCUCACAAUGAGUUUGUUAGGGAAUUCUGGGAAGAGACUUUUAAUUGUUAUCUGGAAGGCAGUCCAAGACGUGAUAACAUAAAAAAUGGGUCCAGGCCUCUUUGUACUGGUGAAGAGGACAUUACAAGUGUAGAAACACCAUAUUUGGAUUACACUCAUCUACGCAUCUCCUAUAAUGUGUAUGUGGCUGUCUAUUCCAUUGCACAAGCCCUGCAAGACAUUCUAACUUGCACUCCAGGAAAUGGACCAUUUACCAACAAUUCCUGUGCCGAUAUAAAGAAAGUGGAAGCAUGGCAGGUACUCAAGCAACUGAGACACUUGAACUUCACAAACAGCAUGGGAGAGCAAGUAGACUUUGACGAGAGUGGAGAUAUACUAGGGAACUACACAAUCAUCAACUGGCAUCGGUCCCCUCUAGAUGGCAGUGUGGUGUUUGAAGAGAUCGGUUAUUACAACAUGCUUGCUAAGAAAGGAGCUCGGCUCUUCAUUAAUACAUCUAAAAUAUUAUGGAAUGGAUAUCUAAAGCAGGUGCCUUUUUCUAACUGUAGUGAAGAUUGUGAACCAGGAACCAGAAAGGGGAUUAUAGAAAGCAUGCCGACCUGUUGCUUUGAAUGCACAGAAUGUUCAGAUGGAGAAUACAGUGACCAUAAAGAUGCAAGUGUAUGCACCAAAUGCCCAAACAACUCCUGGUCAAAUGACAAUCACACGUCCUGUAUUCUUAAGGACAUUGAAUUUCUUUCAUGGACAGAACCAUUUGGGAUAGCAUUGACUUUGUUUGCUAUGCUCGGGAUUUUCUUGACAUCUUCUGUACUCGGAGUUUUUGUCAGGUAUCGCAACACCCCAAUCGUCAAAGCCACCAACAGAGAACUUUCCUACCUGCUUCUUUUCUCACUCAUCUGUUGCUUCUCCAGCUCUUUAAUUUUUAUUGGGGAGCCUCAAGAUUGGACGUGCCGUUUACGGCAGCCUGCUUUCGGGAUUAGCUUCGUUCUUUGCAUCUCAUGCAUACUGGUAAAGACAAAUCGUGUACUUCUUGUAUUUGAGGCUAAGAUUCCAACCAGCCUGCAUCGCAAUUGGUGGGGUUUAAAGUUGCAGUUUUUUUUAGUAUUCAUGUGUACAUUGGUUCAAAUUAUGAUAUGCGUGGUCUGGUUGUACAAUGCGCCCCCUGAAAGCUAUAGCAACCAUGACAUGGAUGAAAUCAUUUUCAUUACCUGCAAUGAAGGAUCACUAAUGGCUCUAGGGUCCCUUAUAGGGUACACAUGCCUUCUUGCUGCAGUCUGUUUUUUCUUUGCAUUCAAGUCACGGAAGCUACCCGAGAACUUUAAUGAAGCCAAAUUCAUCACUUUCAGUAUGCUAAUUUUCUUCAUUGUCUGGAUUUCCUUUAUUCCCGCUUACAUAAGCACUUAUGGCAAGUUUGUGUCAGCAGUAGAAGUCAUUGCAAUACUGGCCUCCAGCUUCGGAUUACUGACCUGUAUAUUCUUCAACAAAGUGUACAUCAUCCUUUUAAAACCAUCCCGGAACACUAUUGAGGAGGUCAGAUGCAGCACAGCUGCCCAUGCCUUCAAGGUAGUAGCUAGGGCUACAUUACGGCAUAACACGGUAUCCCACCGGAGGUCUAGCAGUGAAGAGGGCUCAUCUGUUCCAACUCCAUCGUCAUCUACCAGCUUAAAGAGCACAGAAGAUGUGUCUGGCUACCUCAACGGUCGACAAAAAGGACAUAAACCGAAGAACAAAGAUGUUGGUGAUGAAAACUUCAGGACAGCAAGCAACAGCCCUUCACAUGACUCUUUUGGAAUAAACAGCAGAGAGGAACAUGGAGUGCAUGACUAAAGGAACAGUUACUUUUCUGCACAGUACAUUGAAUACGUUUUAAGGCACAUAUCUUGACUAAUCUCUGGAUUACUAUAGAAUUAUGUGGACCUUUAUAAUUUAUGUAAAUAUGUAGAUCUGGUUUUUCAGAGAAUCUUUUGGGGACGUACAUUACCAGUCAAAAGUUCAGACACGCCAAGGCACCUGUCGCAUCACAUGACCUGGCCACCUGACCUGAAUGCUUUAGAAAUGGUUUUGGAGAAGUUUGACCAGAGAGUG